AUGGCGGCUUUGGUGAUGCCUGGGCUGGCUCGGCUGGGGCUCCACUUCCGAAGGAAGGUGGCCACGCCUUCCACUCCGGAGGAGAGGUGUGGGGGGCUCCGCCCAGCCAGCCUGGCAGCCGGCAGGCGAGCAAGGAGAGCGACCGAGGCAGGCGUCGCGCGGAGGAGCCCAGACAGGCAAGAGCACCAAGCUGCAGAAGCUGCAGGACCAAGCGAUUGGCCACAGGCCGAUGCUUGGACUGCGGUUACCUUCAGCCAGCCGUCCGGCGGACCGCCGCCGGUCGGUCCGAGCGCAGCGCUUCAGAGGAGCGGCUCCCACGAGACGCCCGGUUCCUCGCGCCGAUCCUCGCGGGAAAUGGGGCGUGCGAGAUCUGGAUCUGGGGAGAUGCCCGUGGCGAGGCGAGCCCUGUCUGGGGAAAGGCCUUCGCUGCAAAGAAGUGGCUCUGGAGAGAGGUUCCCCUUGGCGCGCACACGCUCGAGCUCGUCCAGUGGCUUCGAAGCGCCGCAACUGCAAAGAAGCGGCUCGGGGGAGCGGUUCCCCAUGACGCGCACCAGCUCAAAUGCCUCUCAGCGCCAGAUCUCGCGCUCGCACAGCGAGGAGAUCUGGGCGAUUGACGAGGAGAGACUGGAGAGGUAUCGCGCCGUCUUCGCACGCGCGGACGUUGAUGGGGAUGGCUUUGUGGAGCCUUCAGAGGCCAGAGAUGUCCUAGCGAAGGCGUCUUUGCCGGAGGAGGAGAUGGCGCAGAUUUACACCCUGUCGGACGCAGAUCAGGACGGCCGGCUCAGCGAGGGCGAGUUUCUGUGUGCCCUCCACUUGGCCUUCCGGCGCAGCAAAGAGGGCAGGCCCAUCCCAUCACAGCUGCCAGAGCCUUUGCUGGCGCUAUCGCAGCAAUCCAGCGGUGAUGGAGAAUGGCAUGUCAAGACGGAGGAGCUGGAGCAGUACUGGCAGACCUUCCAGCAACUGGACACACAGCUGCUGCUGCGGAUGAUGCUCGCCAUUGCAACAGGCAUCCUUCUCAUUCAUGACUGCGGCAAGGGGACUGUGCCUUUCGCCGUUGAAAAGGGGACUUCUAGCAUGGGCUUUGAGGCCGAGAUCGAAGCGCUGGUGGGGAAGAUCGGAGACAAGGCCGCGGGCCAGGCCUCCUUGGAGUCCCUGGCCGCCAUCGCCCAGGACAAGGGCCGUCCCGCGGAGCCCUUCUUGGUGGCCGCCUUCCCGAAGAUCUUGGAGGCCACCAACGACAAGAGCAAGAACGUGAAGGAUGCCGCGGUGGCCACCAGCAAGUGCAUCAUGGAGAUGGUGUCCCCCUUUGCGGUGGAGCUUCUUUUGCCCUCCUUCCUCAGCGGGCUGGCGGUGAAGGCUAAGCCACCCCAGAAGGAGGCUACGCUGCAGAUCAUCUCGGCGCUGGCGCAGAAGGCGCCCAGGGCGGUGGGCUAUCUGCUGGUGCACCUGGUGAGCCCCGUGGCGGACCUCACCUGCGACAUCAAGAAGGAGGUGAAGACUGCAGCACUUGAGUGCAUGACUGCCAUUUGCAGCUGCACCGGGAACAAGGACCUGGAGCCCUUCCUGCCGGCCGUGGUGGACGCAGCCUCCUCCAUCGACAAGACCCAUGCCUGCGUGGAGAAGCUCGCGGGCUGCAUCUUCGUGCAGAACGUGGAGGCGCCGGCUUUGGCGGUGACCAUGCCGGUGCUGACCAGAGGUCUCAACGACAAGAACGAGGAGGUGAAACGCACCUGCUGUCAGAUCGUGGACAACAUGUGCAAGCUGGUGGAGGAUCCCGCGGAGGUGCUGCCUUUGAUGCCCCGGCUGGAGCCUUUGGUGAAGUCCGCCGUGGAGAAGAUGUCGGACCCCGAGGCCCGCAGCGUGGCGGAGAAGGCCUACAAGACGCUGCAGAAGGCGGCGGGCGAGGGCGCCAACACCCUGCAGCAGGUCUCCGUGGACGCGGCCAAGUCUCAGGUGGCCCAAGCCCUUGGCGACAAGCAGGGCUCCGGCGAGGUCUUCGAAGCGGAGAUGACCCACGUGGCCGCGCUGGCGGCCUGCGCGGCCAACAUGCGCGUCUUCGACGCGGCGGCCUGGAAGAAGGACGUGGGGUACCUGGCGCCCUUCGACUCCGUCACCGAGGCCUUGCGCGCCAAGCUGGAGAUCGCCUCGAAGCCCAAGGAGGAGGUGGAGGAGGAGGACACGGAGGGGGUGGACCUCUACAAGGGCGCCUUCUCGCUGGCCUACGGCACCCUCACGCUGCUGCGGGACGCCAAGAUGCACCUUAAGCGGAACCGCUUCUACGGCCUGCUGGGGCCCAAUCAGUGCGGCAAGACCACUUUGAUGCGCGCCAUCGCCAACGAGCAGCUGGAGGGCUUCCCGAAGCGCGACGAGCUGAAGAGCGUCUUCGUGGAGCACGAGAUCGAGGACGAGGAGGUGGGUGUCCAGGACGACGGGUUCCCCAUCCUGUCCGUGGACAAGCCGGGCUGGUGGUGGGUGGUCCACACCUGCAAUGACAUCUACAAGCUGGAGCCUCAGGUGAAGGAGGACACGGUGAAGGACCUCAUGAAGUCCAUCGGCUUCGGCUACCCCGGGGGCCCCGACCGCGCGGCCAACCUGGAGCUGCCGGUGACCUCCUACUCCGGCGGCUGGAAGAUGAAGAUGCAGCUCUGUGCGGCGCAGCUCAUGAACGCGGAUGUGCUCAUGUUGGAUGAGCCCACGGGACAUUUGGACGUGGACAACAUCAAGUGGCUGGAGGACUGGCUGGAGAGCUUCAGCGGGUCCAUCAUUUGCACCUCCCACUUCAGUCCCUUCUUGGACAAGAUGUGCACCCACAUCAUUGACUUCCAGGACCGCAAGCUGAAGACCUUCAAGGGAGAGAAGGGCAAGUGCCUCACCCAGUUCGUGGAGAAGUACCCGGAGAAGAAGGCCUACUUCGAGAUCAGCAAUGACAUCAUGAAGUUCACCUUCCCGGAGCCCGGAGCCUUGGAGGGCGUGAAGAGCCGCUCCAAGGUGAUUCUGAGGAUGAACUCCGUGAGCUUCACCUACCCCACCAAGGACAAGCCCACCAUCAUGGACGUGAGCCUCACGGUGAGCCAGGUGAGCCGCGUGGCGGUGAUCGGCGCCAACGGCGCGGGCAAGUCCACCGCCAUCAAGGUGCUGGUGGGUGAGCAGCUGCCCACGGAGGGUUCCAUCUGGAAGGCGCAGGGCUUGCGGCUGGCCUAUGUGGCGCAGCACGCCUUCCACCACUUGGAGAAGCACAUGCAGGAGACGCCCACCCAGUACAUCAUGUGGCGCUUCGCCGGGAACGACGACCGGGAGAGCUUGGAGUUCAAGACGGACGAGCUGUCGGUGGACGAGGAGAAGGCCCGCGCCACCAAGUGGUGCAUCGACAGCGUGACGGGCAGCGUGCGCCGCUGCACUGAUCCCAAGGAGGACGCGAAGAAGGCGAAGCAGGACGAGGCCGGCGCGGUGAUCCCGGACGCCAUUGUGAACCGCCGCCAGAAGAAGAAGGAGAAGACCUUCGAGUACGAGGUGAAGUGGCAGUUCAAGAGCAUGGACCAGAACACCUGGGUGGAGAAGGACAUCUUGGUGAAGAUGGGGUACCUGAAGCUGGUCCAGCGCGAGGACGAGCGCCAGGCCGCCAUGGCGGGGCUGAUGACCAAGCAGCUCACGCAGCCCGGGGUGGAGAAGCACCUGUCAGACUUCGGGGUGGACCCAGAGAGCGCCUCCCACACCCAGAUCAACCAGCUCAGCGGCGGCAUGAAGGUCAAGGUGGUGCUGGCCGCCGCGAUGUGGCAGAACCCCCACGUGCUGAUCCUGGACGAGCCCACCAACUACCUGGACCGCGAGGGUCUGGGCGCGCUGAUCUUGGCCAUCAAGGACUACAAGGGCGGCGUGCUCAUCAUCUCCCACAACAAGGAGUUCUGCGACAACGUGGCCACUGAGAAGUGGAUCAUGCAAGGCGGGCGCUUGCGCAUCGAAGGCGAGUCCAUCGACACUUCCAAGGACGACGGGAAUGGAGCUCAGGGCCCCGACGAAGUCUUCGAUGGCGCCGGCAACAAGAUCGAGGUGAAGAAGAGCGUCACCAUGACUGAGAAGGACAAGAAGAAGUCCAUCAAGGAUAUCGAGAAGAAGAUCAAGGACGGCAAGAAGAAGCAGACCUUGACAGACGAGGAGGUUUGGGAGUUGGAGGACAAGCUGAACGAGCUGAAGGAGAGUCUGAAGGGCAAGGAGCGGGAGCUCUUCGAGCAGUCCGGCCUUCCAGUACCUGAGCUGUCCUUCACCUGGCAGCUCUGCGACCGGGACGGCGACGGCAGCCUGGCCUUCAAUGAGUUCGCCAUGGCAAUGGCACUCGUGGCCAGGCGGCGCAGAGGCAAACCUCUGCCUUCCUCGCUGCCGCCGGCACUGCUGAGGUCGGUGCAAGCCUUCCGGCCGGCACCUUCCAAAAUCUCGCUGGCGCCCGGCGAGUUGGAGGGCUACCGCAAGAUCUUCAAUCGCUUGGAGCAGAACGGCCUCGCAGACACCGGCCAGGUGAAGGAGUUGCUGGAGCAGUCCCAGCUGCCAGUAUCAGAGUUGUCCUCCAUGCCGCGGCGGACGCGGACCAGGACGGCCAGCUGUCGGAGCCGGAGUUCCUCUGCGCGAUGGCCCUGGUGGCACGGCGCCGCAGUGGUGCGCACGUGGAUCUGCCUGCGCUGCAGGAGGAGCCUGCCGUGCUUUUGUGGAGUCGAACGAAGGCCACCAGGUGCAGGCUGUUCUUCCGUCGGUCUGGCAGCCAAGCGCCGAAGAGCUCGCCAGGUUUCAUCAGCUCUUCGAGCAGCUGGAACGGGCCGGCUUCGUCAGCGCCACCUCCGCCCGCGAGGUGUUGGAGAGCUCAGGGUUGCCAGUGGACGAUCUGGCCAAGAUUUGGGAUCUCUCGGAUACCGGGGACGAUGGUCAGCUGGACCUAGGCGAGUUCCUGUGCGCCAUGACUUUAUCCGCCCGGCGGCGGGAAGGCCACGAGCUGCCUGA